UUUCACAAACUUAUUAUCAUCCUCCAAUCCAAACAGAAUAUAUGACAGAAGCAACCCAAAUGAUCAUUUUCUCCCAUGAAUGAUCAUAAGAAACGCAAUGGCAUUGUUUCAUGGAACACGUUCUUCUGGUUCACGCUUUUUGUUGUCAUUUCUUUCAUUCUCUUUACCUCCCUCACCUUAAUCACCAUAUAUCCAUUCUACCACUCAAAUCCAUCUUUAAAAUGGCGCACUCCGUUGUUAGAAGCAAAACGCAAUGCUCCUGCUACAAUUACGAUUCGAGAAAUAGUUUUACUUCCAGAUCAGGUUCUGAUUUUUCUAAAUUACCCUUUGUCUUUUCACUUUCAUACAAAAGGUGACAUUCAAUGUGUGUACUUCUCGACUAACUCGGAGCCUUGGCUCACUAAGCAGCCGAUUCAAGUCCACUCGGCUAGGCUUCAUGAACAGAUCAUACGUUGCCCAAUUCCUCCACGCGGCGAAAAUGUAUCACUCAUGAUAAAAUCCAAUGCUCCCCUUCAAAUAAAAAACUCUUCAAUCCACAAUUCUGAUCCACUGGUCUACGAAUCUCUCUUUGAUCGUGACAACACCACCAUUGUCUUUGUGAAAGCGUCUAAAUUUCAAUGUGUGUACGGUUGGGAUUUCGUGAAACCCAAGUUCUUAUUGAAAUCGGAUGUUGUUUCAGUUGCACAAGAAAUUAUAAGAUGUAAAACACCUAUAAGCAUUUCAAGCAAUGAAGCCCAAGCCUAUGUUAAGGUCUCUAUUAUUCAAAUUGAAGGUAAUAAUAAGGGAAUAAUUUUCCCCUCCAUAGCAAGGCCUGGGCUUCUUCGCUCUCCACAAAAUCAACAAAAUCGAAAAGCGCAUGAAUUGUGCAUGUGCACGAUGCUCCGUAACCAAGCGCGAUUCAUCAAAGAGUGGGUAAUGUACCACACUAAAAUUGGAGUACAACGCUGGUUCAUUUACGACAACAACAGUGAUGAUGACAUAGAAAAAGUGAUAACAUUCUUGCAAAGUGCAGGUUAUAAUGUGACGUGGCACCUAUGGCCAUGGGUAAAAACCCAAGAGGCAGGGUUUGCUCAUUGUGCGCUACAUGCUAGGGGGACUUGCGAGUGGGUUGCGUUUAUUGACGUGGAUGAAUUCUUCAAUGUUAAAGUGAAAGGAGGAUUGCAACAUGUGAUAUGGCACUAUGCAAGGCCUGAAAACAAUGUGGCUGAAAUAAGAACACCGUGUUAUAGUUUUGGGCCUUCAGGCCUAAAAGAUGUUCCAAAAGAAGGCGUGACAGUAGGGUACACGUGUCGGUUAGCAGGAAAAGAGAGGCAUAAAAGUAUUGUGAGACCAGAGGCACUGAAUCAUACACUUAUUAAUGUUGUGCAUCAUUUCCAUCUAAAAGCACCGUUUGUGACCGUUGAUGUGGAGAAAGACGUGAUGGUGAUUAAUCAUUACAAAUAUCAGGUGUGGAAAGUAUUCAAAGAGAAGUUUUAUAGGAGGGUUGCAACUUAUGUGGCAGAUUGGCAAAAAGAACAAAACGUAGGGUCAAAGGAUAGGGCACCCGGUUUGGGGACUAAACCGAUUGAACCGCCCGAUUGGUCAAACCGGUUUUGUGAGGUUAAAGAUAUGGGGUUGAGAAAUUGGGUGGUGAGGAAUUUUAUGGAUCGACGCACCCAUCUUUUUCCAUGGCAACCAGAGUUUGAGCGUCAUUUUAAAAGGAAACGAAGGAGAAAAGAAAAAGGUAUUUUAUGAUGUCACAACUCUUUAAUUAUGCAUACCAUUUUUUUUUCUUUCUUUUUCUCGUUAUUGUUUCAUAUGGU